UCUUUCACCCGGAAGUGGUCAAACUCUCAUGUGCCUUUACAAUCAUUAGUACCUUAAAAUUAGUACCUUUUUGGACGUAAUGCGUGGUUAAAUAUUUAAAGUUAACCGCCCCUGAAGAAUGUACGAUGUCCAGUCGCAAACGAAGCCGAGAGCACCACGAGGACAGGCACGAACGAAAAAAACACAAGGAAUCAAAACAAGAUGAAGACAAAUACCAGCACCAAACCAGAAAGCUGAUUCACGAGGUGCAGAAACUCAAGCAUGUGGAGACGUUCUAUGAAAAUCCUCCCCCUGGCUACAUAAAGGAUGAGGAUGACAAACCAGAGGACUGUAUCCCUGAUACCCCCGGGAAUGAGGACGCCAGGAACUUUUUGGCUCAUGCUCCCACCAAAGGACUGUGGAUGCCUCUGGGCAAAGAGGUGAAGGUCAUGCAGUGCUGGAGAUGUAAGAGGUACGGCCACAGAACGGGAGACAAAGAAUGUCCUUUCUUUAUUAAAGGCAAUCAGAAACUGGAGCAGUUCAGAGUGGCGCAUGAGGAUCCAAUGUACGAUAUUAUCCGUGAAAACAAACGCAACGAAAAGGAGACUAGGAUCCAGCAGUUGAAACAGCUGCUCCAAGACACCACCUCCGACUCCGACACCACCUCGUCUUCCUCCACCGCCUCCUCCGAUCACACCCGGAAGAAGAAGAAGAAGAAAAAGGAGAAGAGGAAGAAAGAAAAGAAGAAACACAAGAAGAAAAAGAAGCAGCACAAGGCCAAGGCUAGCGACGACUCGGAUACAGAUUAGAACGAGGCCGUCGGUGCGGGGUGUCUCGGUGCUCAUCAAAGAGGGUCUGCAGUGGCGCGUCAGCCCUAUCAAAUAUACACAGGAGCCUUCCCAUCAGGUCCCCGGGCCGUCUUCAGAUCUGCUUAAUAAUGCAUGGAUGCAUUUAAUCCCCUCUGUCGCGUUCGAAUGCUUAGGAUAUGUGCAUCUCUAUCAGAUUUCCUGUAGCUGGUCCUGUUAAGAUGUCUGAAUGUAUGUCCAUUCACAUUUUGCGAAUGUGUCGCUGCGAAAAUAACUCAUGAGAGGUUAUAAGUCAUGCCAUCUGCCGUCGCCAACGGUGACGUCCGUAAGUGUCGUGUAAAUAAAGCGGUGACUAUGGCGUUUCGGCCGUUGCAACUUCUUUUUUAUGGUAAUUUGGUCUUUGGCCGUUUGUAGGUUGAUUGCGUGUGUAGAUUCAUAUCCUCCAUUUCCAUGGAAGUGUUUGGGGCUUCUGCGUCUGCCUAUGGAAGGCAAGCACAGCCUAUUAGCGCCACUUGAAUGGCUGACAGUGUUCUGCUCAUCAUUCACAUGACGAGAGGGGAGAAGAUGCUUUGAUCUCGUCGCUCAAGCGCUGUCCCGAGGUUGUCGCUGGAGUGCAUGUACCGUUUUGCAUCAAGAUAAAUAGCGCAUCGCAUCAUCAAAGGAGCUCUUUAUAAUGCCGCAUCAAAUUUGCGACCGUUUAAACGCACGCUUUUUCAAACAAGAAGAAAACAAUGAUGAAUUAUUCGCAAAUAUUCAUUUCGGUAAUGAGAUAUUUAAUGCGGCCUGUGAAGUCGUUGGCUUGCUCUCUUCUUCAGAAUGCGUUCGCACUGGUAAUAAAAGCUGGAUUCUCAUGUU